AUGCUUUUCCAUUUCUUUCUUUUCUUUGAUUUGAAUAAAUUUUUUUUCAAAGUCUUCAGGCUGCAUGCCUUUCACGAUUUCCAGGCCUCCUUCGUCACCGAUAUCACCACAAAUUGUGCUAAGGUUUCAGUAACCUUCUUCCACCUUAUUAAUUCACAACAGCCGAUUAAAAUAAAUCUAUCUAUCUAUCGAUCUAUCUCAGUCUAUCUAUCUAUCUAUCUAUCUAUCUAUCUAUCUAUCUAUCUAUCUAUCUAUGUUGGCAUCUAUCUAUCUAUGGAUCUAUCUCAGUCUAUCUAUCUAUCUAUCUAUCUAUCUAUCUAUCUAUCUAUCUAUCUAGAUGGCAUAUCUAUCUAUCUAUCUAUCUAUCUAUCUAUCUAUCUAUGUCUGUUAAUUCUAUCUAUCUAUCUAUCUAUCUAUCUAUCUAUCUAUCUAUCUAUCUAUCUAUCUAUCUAUCUAUCUAAGUCUGUUCAUUAUUUAUCCAUCUAUCUAUCUAUCUAUCUACCUACAGGCCUUAAUAAAAUUCAAAUGCAAGACUUCUUUCGAGUAAUUAAAGUGAAUUUUCAGUCAAUUGUUUUGCUUCUUCUUUUAGUGAAACUUGGCUCGAGUACAAAAAGCGGGAAAGUUCGCGUGAAGGAUUCUAUUUCCGGUUCCUGGUUACCCGUUUGUUCUCUUCAUUGGAAUCUCACGAUUGGCAACGUCGUUUGCAACCAACUUGGCUAUACAACUGUACUAAACACAGUGUUCCAACAAGUCAAACCUUAUUUAAGGUAUUUUGUCAUCAGGGGAUCAGCCCAGAACAGCAUCAGUAAUUUACAAGAGAUAAUAUCGAUCAACACAACUUGUCCAAACAAUGAAAUCGUCAAAUUGACGUGUGGAACAGCAGUAUGUGGCAACCGUCCAGCCUUCUAUCGGUCACCGCUUCGCAUUGUUGGUGGACUGGAGGUGAAACCGGGUACAUGGCCAUGGGUAGUUUCUCUUCUGGAAUGGGUCAUCACAGCGGCGCACUGUCUGGGAAAGGCAUCGCCGGAUGGAAUUAUUGUUCGUGCUGCAAACACAAGACGCCAAAGCCAUUGGCGUUACCGUCAGACCCGGGGUAUCAAGGAAAUCCAUAUCUACCCUGAUUAUGAUUCACAAACCAUUAAUCAUGACAUCGCCCUUUUACAUCUUGUCUCUCCAUUGGAAUUUAACGAUUAUGUACGCCCGAUUUGUCUCCCAGCUCAAGGACAGAUUCCCCCAGUGGGUACAAGGUGCAUGGCUGCCGGGUGGGGCAUGAUCAAAAACGAAGCUCCUGAAUACGAGAUGGCAUUACGACAAGUUGAUCUGGAUAUUGUGUCUCACGAAAGACUAAUAUCUAUCUAUCUAUCUAUCUAUCUAUCUAUCUAUCUAUCUAUCUAUCUAUCUCACACUUGUCACAUUAUCUAUCUAUCUAUUAUCUAUCUAUCUAUCUAUCUCACUGUUAAUUAUCUAUCUAUCUAUCUAUCUAUCUAUCUAAGUUCAUAUUUAUCUGUCUAUCUCGCUCUGUUCAUAUCUAUCUAUCUAUAUCGCUUACAUCUAUCUAUCUAUCUAUCUAUCUAUCUAUCUAUCUAUCUAUCUAUCUAUCAUUCUUUUUCUUUCAUAUCAUUUCUCUUUCUUCUUAUAAUUGUUCUUUUCAUUUUUCUUUUCAUUUUAUUAUUUAUAAUUCACUCAUUGUUUUUAUACUUUCUUUAUUUCUUUUUUCUAACCCACGAUUUCUUUCUUCCUCAUAAUGAUGCCGUUUUUCUUUCUUUUUUCUUUCUUUCUUUUAAUGACCCUCUUUCUUGGGUUCUUUUUUUUUGUUUUUCUUUCUUUCUUUCUUUCUUUCUUUCUUUCUUUCUUUCUUAUAAUCAUUCUUUUUCUUUCUUCAUUUGUUUCUUUCUUUUUCAUGACCAUCUCCGGUUUGUUGUCAUUUCUUUCUUAUCAACCUCUUUCUUUCUUUCUUUCUUUCUUCUAACCGAUGUUUUCUUUCUUUCUUUCCUUUUUUUUUCUUUUUCUUUCUUUCUUUUCUUUCUUCUAACCUUUGAUUUCUUUCUUUCUUUCUUUAACUUUUCUUUCUUUCUUUCUUUCUUUCUUUUCUUUCUUCUAACCGAUGAUUUCUUUCUUUCUUUCUUUUAUCUUUUUUCUUUCUUCUUUUCUUUUCUUUUUUCUUUCUUUCUUUCUUUCUUUCUUCUAACCGAUGAUUUCUUUCUUUUUUCUUUCUUUCUUUCUUUCUUUCUUUCUUUCUUUCUUUCUUUCUUCUAA